AGACUUGUAAGGUUGACUUAAAAGCAGAAAAUUGAUGAACUGAUAAGAGAACAUCAGCGAAGGGAAAGUGAAGAUUGCAGAUCUUUGAAAAGUCUUAUCUUUGCUAGACUCGAAAUGGCUGCGGGGAAGUAUAAAGAAUCCUACUCUUCACGGUUUCCUAAUUGUAAAUAUCAAGUGUUCUUGAGUUUUAGAGGUGAAGACACCCGCAAGAACUUCACCGAUCACCUCUACACGACCCUGGUUCAAGCAGGGAUUCACACAUUUAGAGAUGAUAAUGAAAUUCGGAGAGGAGAGAAUAUAGAUUUCGAGCUCCAGAAGGCAAUACAACAAUCAAAAAUAUCGAUAAUCGUGUUCUCCAAAAACUAUGCUUGCUCGAGAUGGUGCCUCGAUGAACUCGUAAUGAUCAUGGAACGUAGGAGGACUACCAGCUCCAUAGUUUUCCCAGUUUUCUAUGAUGUGCUUCCAUCUGAAGUCAGAAAUCAAACAGGGAGCUUCGCUGCAGCAUUUGUGGAACAAGAAAAGCGCUUCAAGGAGGAGAUGGAGCGGGUGAACGGGUGGAGGAUUGCUUUGAAGGAAGUUGCAGAUUUAGCUGGAAUGGUUUUAGGAGAUGGGUACGAGGCACAGUUUGUCCAAUCUAUUGUGGAGAAUGUCUCAAAGAAUUUGGAUCCAAAAAUAUUUCAUGUCCCCCUUCAUUUCAUUGGAAGAGAUGCUCUAGUACAAUAUAUCAACUCAUGGUUGCAAGAUGGAUCCCAUGGUGCUGCCAUUGCUUUACUCUAUGGAAUUGGUGGAGUUGGAAAGACAGCCAUAGCUAAGAGUGUUUUUAACCAGAACUAUUAUAAAUUUGAAGGAAAGAGCUUUCUAUCAAAUUUUAGGUCAAAAGAUAUAGUUUGCCUACAGAGGCAACUUCUUUUCGACAUCCUAAACAAGACUGUUGAGAUAAAUGAUCCUGAUGAAGGAAUUCUGAAGAUUAAGGAUGCAUUAUGUUGCAGAAGAACUCUUAUUGUUCUAGAUGAUGUGGACAAAAGGGACCAAUUCAAUAAAAUCAUUGUCAUGCAAAAUUGGCUUUGUAAAGGAAGUAAAAUCAUUGUAACAACCAGAAAUAAGGGUCUGUUUUCAGGUAAUGAUAUUGAGUGGGUCCGAUGCAAAAUUGAACCGCUAUAUGAUGAAAAAUCACUUGAGCUUUUCAGUUGGAAUGCCUUUGGACAAGCUGACCCUGUUGAUGGUUUUGUGGAAGACUCUUGGAGAAUAGUACAUCAUUGUAAUGGACUUCCAUUAGCUCUUGGAGUUAUUGGCUCUUCAUUGUCCGGAAAAGGAAGAGAAAUAUGGGAAAGCGCAUUACAACAAAUGGAAGUGAUUCUUAAUUUUGAAGUUCAAAAGGUUCUUCGAAUAAGUUACGACUUUCUUGAUGGUGAUUAUCCGAAGAACUUAUUCCUUGAUAUCGCAUGUUUCUUUAAUGGAAUGGAUGUGGAUGAUGCAGUUAGGAUACUGGAUGGGCUCGAUAAAGGUGCAAGAUUUGGGAUUGACAAUCUCAUCGAUAGAUGUCUUGUUGAAAUCAACAGUGAUCAAAGGUUGUGGAUGCAUCAACUAGUAAGAGAUAUGGGUAGGGAAAUUGCUCGUCAAGAAUCACCCAAAUGUCAAAGAAUAUGGCAUCAUGGGGAUGCUUUUACAUUUUUAAAAGGAACUACUGAUGCUGAAAAAUUGCGUGGCCUUACCAUUGAUAUGCAUGCAUUAAUGGAAUAUCAUUAUGCAGAAGUUGUCUGUACUGAUUCAAUGUUUCUUCCAAAAUUGAAAAUUCUUGAUCUUCGUCACUCUCGUGAUCUCAUUAGAACCCCUGACUUCUCGGGUCUCCUAGCCCUCGAAAAGCUAAUACUUGAAGACUGCAUCCGUUUGGUUCAAAUUCACGAAUCUAUUAGUGAUUUACAAAGAUUGUUGAUCUUAAAUCUAAGAAAUUGUACAAGUCUUAUGGAGCUUCCAGAAGAAAUGAGUAGAUUGAAUUCACUUCAAGAGCUGGUUUUAGAUGGUUGCUCAAAUCUUAACAGCCUGAAUAUGGAGUUAGAGCAUCAUCAGGGGCGCAAGUUGCUUCAAAGUGAUGGAAUUGUUGCAAGUACAUCAUUCAUUUCAUCUCUCCCCUUUAAGCUAUUCUUUCCCUCUAGGUUUUCAGCGAGGAAAAUGUUGAGAUUUACCUCGUUUUCACUGCCAUGCUUCUUGGAGAGACUAGAUUUAAGUGGAACAACAAUGCGUUUUCUUCCUGAAAGCAUCAAGGAUCUUGGUCUACUCAGACACCUAUAUUUAAGAAAUUGCAAAAUGCUUCAGGCACUCCCAGAGCUUCCAUCCCAUUUGGAUUCGUUAGAUGUGUCCUUUUGCUAUUCACUGCAAAGACUUGCAAAUUCAAACAGGUGGACUGAAGGAGAUGGUUGUGAUCACUUAGUCGAGUUCCAAGAUCCGAUAAAGCAAGAAUUAAUCCAAAAGUUUGACUCUCACAUGUUCAGAAUAAUGGAAACGAUAUUAUUUGCUCAUGGCUCUUUCGACGUUGUCGUAUAUGUAUUUGAUGAGGAAAAGAAGUUAAGGUGGUUUCAUGAGGAUAAAUGGCUAAUUGAGAAUGAGUUUGUAGAGAACUUUUCAUUCAAAAUAUCCUCACCUCCUCCUGCGCACCGGAUAUGUGGCUUUAAUCUGUUCAUAAGUUGUGUGACGUCAGCAUACCGUGGCUUUAGUUAUGUUUAUAUUGAAAUCAGAAACAAUACCAGUGGUCGAUCCUUUCUUUGUCAAGCCUUUGUCUUCCCUAUAAGAUACAAGCGUGAUGUUCGUGAAAUCCAAUCGCUAUUGCACAGGAAAUUAGGGGGCAAUGAUCCUACAUUUGAUAAUGGUGAUGACGUGAGUAUUUCAGUGCGUCCACAUGGUCCUAUUCAAGUAAGGACGAUUGGUAUACGAUGGUUGCAUGAAGAGGAAGGAAAGGAUGAUGAUAUCCAAUCAAAGGAUGAAGUUAUCAAUGCCCACAACAGUAGCGAUGAUGAUGAUGAUGAUGAUGCAGCACACGUAGCCAAAGUAGAAAUACCUUCUCAUCUUCUUAGAAAUUAUUAUUGUGGUUUCCGUACUGAUUGCGCUAUAUCAUGGCAUGCUCUGUUGAUUUGCCCAACCCAUUCUCCUGAUGCAAGAUCAAGUGCUAAGAGUAUUCCAGGUUUAAAUCUUCAAGAAAUUGCUGAGUAUGUCUGA